UGGGGGGGUAGACAGGUAAAGGUGAGCUUCCCCGUCGCACCUAAUACUCAAGGAAGCAUACCGAUGUUUGUUUGACUCCUUUGUUUCUCCAUUUUGAGGCAGCUGUGUAGCAGCCCCCCAAAACAAAAUGGUGAAGGAAGUGAAGGAGUUAGUGAACCGGCCUGACAACACAGCCUACACUCAGCAGAGGCUCCCAGCAUGGCAGCCCAUGCUCUCAGCUGGUAUCGUCAUCCCAGGGUUUGUCAGCAUCGGCCUGGUGUUCAUCGGCAUCGGCGUCGCCCUCUUUGUCACUUCCCAGAGCAUCCAGGUGUUGGAGAUUGACUACACCGGUGUCGAGCAAUCCUCACCCUGCUUCAAGUGCUCAGAUCAAACUGGCAAAAAAUGUGACUGUGUGAUGAACUUCGACAUCGACAGUCUCUUUAAGGGGCCUGUGUUCUUCUAUUAUGGUCUGUCCAACUACUUCCAGAACCAGAGGAAGUACAGUGUGUCCAUAGAUUAUAACCAGCUGACAGGAGACCUGGAUUACUUCACUAAUCCCGACGACGCCUGUUUCCCCUUCCAGAAUGACAGAAACAAACCGAUUGUUCCAUGUGGAGCUAUAGCGAACAGCAUGUUCAAUGACACCUUCCAGCUGUUUCAGCUUGUCAACGGGCAGAAGAAGGAGGUGCCACUGGAUGGAAAAGGGAUCGCUUGGUGGACGGAUUACAACACCAAAUACAGGAACCCCUCUGUCACACCCCUGAGGAAUGCAUUCAACGGUACUGUGAAACCUCCGUCUUGGCCCCAGGCUGCUUAUGAGUUGGACACAAAAGACACCUCAAACAACGGCUUCAUCAAUCAGGAUUUUCUGGUGUGGAUGAGGACAGCAGCCCUGCCUGAUUUCAGAAAGCUGUAUCGGAGAAUCACAGAGGGCGAUUACGCAUCGGGUCUGCCCGCCGGAAACUAUUCCCUUCAGAUUGCCUACAACUAUCCUGUCCUGAGCUUUGACGGGAGGAAGAAGGUGGUGUUCAGCAAUGUGUCCUGGAUGGGGGGAAAGAAUGAGUUCCUGGGCAUUGCCUACCUUGUGAUUGGAUCAUUGUGUGUCCUCAUGUCCAUAGUCAUGCUCAUCGUCUAUGCAAAAUUCAAGUUCCCUGAGGAAGACUGAGUUACCUACGGGUCAUGGACUACUGCCAUUUUUCUUUUUUUUCUCUUUCUUUACUCGGUGAGAUGAUGAAAGCUUUGUACAGUGACAGAACAAGAAGGCAUAUACUGAUAGAAUAUAACCUAUGAACUGAGAACACAUUUGACUGGGCUCAUGAGGAGCCACAGAAAAAGCCUUCAGUUUCAUUUUGUGAGGCAGACCUCGACAUUGAUUUUCCCUCGACUGCAAAGUAGGACUUUGAUAAGAGGAGUUCCAGUGUGCAUGUACUCGUCUGUUAGCACCUUAGAUACAUUAGAAUCUACUCAGGGCUGAAUAAAUGUAAAGUCAUGCUGCAUUUGAUGCUAGUGCAACAGCCUCAAGUGUGGGUAAAUGCUGUUGUAUAUGUAAACUUCCUUAAUGUUACAAUAAGAUGUGUGCCUGCUGAUAUCGGGUAGAUUCAGAGAAAUGCAGAUCUUGUUUGCUCUUGUUAAUUCAGUUUGCGCUCUACAUUAUUUAUUUACUUUCAUAUGAAUGGUGUUUCUCUCAGGCUUCUCCAGAGGUAUAAUAUACUGUAUCUCAAACUUGAACGAACUUUGCUACAUUCUGAAUUUAGGUCGCUAACAAUAUCAAAGCCAUAAACUAUUUGAUAAGCCAUACUGUAGUAGAAGUGUGUGUCAAGUGUAGCUUAGUUUUUUGUUUUUUUUAAAUGAUGCUGCAAAAUCUUGGACCAUGCAUCUGUCAAACUCAGGGAUCAGGUAUUUACAGGCAGGCUCAUAACAUCUUGAUUUUAACAUGUACUGUAAAUGAGGUUUUACUUCUUGGUAUUUAUUGAAUAAAAUUAAAAACUGUCCUAA